UGAACAAAUCCGAAAGUGAAAGUAAACUGCGACAAAUAGGCACAGCACAUUUAUUGUUCUACGGUCUUGUCGGGGGAAGAUCAGGUCUAGUUAUUCGCAUAAGUGUCAUUGAGAUAUAUGAUAAAGGAUUGUAAUCAUUAUUUUCUGAACUAAUAUUUCCCGACUUCAUUUGGAUGUCGUGAUUUUUCAGAGAUUUUACGCACGACAUGCCACCUUGCGUUAUUGAAAAAAACAGCUCGAGGGCCCUGUAUACAGUUAUGUGGUUGUACAUAUUGGCAGCUUGGGGUGUGUGUCUCUCCACUGCCACUUCUGAAAUGUUCACGUGUUCGGUACCCGUGGAUCCGGUCUCGGCACGGUUGGGACAUGUUGCCACCAUGCCAUGCUGGCUCACCCCUUCCAUGAACGCAGAGGGCCUGGAGGUGCGUUGGUACCGUCCCAAAGAUUUCGACAACCCGGUCUUGCACUACAGAGAGAGGAAGAUCCAGGAAGCAUCACAGCAGUCCCAAUACGUGGGCCGCAGCUCCCUGGGGCUCCGGGAGGUUACGUCAGAAGGGCUGAAGGGAGGGGAUGUGACCUUGAAGCUGGUUAAUGUCACUAUGAGAGACCAAGGGGAGUAUGUGUGUUACGUCAGCAGUAACCAGGACUAUGAGACUGCCAGUGUCUUUCUCAAUGUGACUGUGAGGGGCACCCCUCCUCUCCUCUCAGCAGUCAGAACAGAUGCUGACUCUGUGAAUGUGAGCUGUGUUUCCCAUGGAUGGAAGCCAAGGCCCAGGCUACAGUGGUCAGACGGGAGGCAGACUCUGAAACCUGAGAAGCUAGACUACAGCAGUGGUUCCCGUGGUCUGGUGUCUGCCCACAGCUGGGUCCUCUCCUCCCCCUCCAGUGCUCCCUGGGUAUCCUGUUCUCUGGUUCUGUCUGAAGGGGAGGAGAUGGAGGGAAGAGUGGACCUACGGAACGUUGCGGCUGUACCAGAGACUUCAUCAGGACUGCAAACAGCUGUCAUCAUUUUAGCUCUGCUUCUGCUCCUGUCCGUUGUCUUCAUCGGUGUGCUCUACAAAAAGAGAGGAAACAAAUCAACACAUGUGCCUAAAGGAGAUACAGUGGAUAUCGAGAAUAUGAGACAACCUGAAGAUUUAGUGGAUAUAGAGAAUAUGAGACAAGCUGGAGUGGAUGUCACAUUGGAUCCCAAGACAGCUCCUCGUUAUCUAAAAGUUGGUUCAAAUGGUAAAAUUGUGAGAGACAGUAAAGAUAAUCCAUGUCCUCCGGGUGAGCAUGCUUAUAUACUUGGAACUCAUGGUUUUACCUCAGGCAGUCAUGCUUACUGGGAGGUUAGACUGGAUAAUGAGCAGGUAGGCGUUAAAGAAUCCUGGUGGGUUGGACUGGCAAGUGGGCCUGUUAAAAGACAAGGUGAUGUACCAGCCACACCUUCCAAUGGUUUCUGGUUCCUGUCCUCAGACAAAGAGAAAGGCUUACGGCUUAAUAUGGCCCCCGACAUCCUACUUCCUGCCAAUCCUAGACCUCAGAUACUAGGAGUGUAUUUGGACUAUGACCAAGGAGUACUCUCUUUCAUCAACGUAAAAGACAAUAAACUGAUUGUCACUGUGAGAGCUAUGUUCAUUGGGGAGCUGUUUCCUCUUUUUAACCCAGGUCAAGGUGACACAGCCCCUAUGACGAUAUUAGAUGCUAGCCACUAUAAAACAGAAUCUGUAGAAGUUUCUGUUUCUGAAAGAGAGAGUAAAGUCGCUCCACCUGCUGAAGAGGCUGAGACUGAUGCCCUUCUAGCUUCUAACCAAAGUCUCAAUCAUCAGACUUCUGAAUCCAAAGACUGUCUUUAAAUGUCUGUAACACAAUGAAAACUACAGCACUAUAUAUUAACACAUUGUUUUAUGUAUCUAGUGCACUUCAUAUUAGGGUGUGUACAGGAGUAUUCUGCACUGGUCCAAUUCAUCAUCAUCUCCUUGCUCUUCUCCUUUGUCUGCAGUGCAAUUGGAUUUGAUUUGACUAACGUGGAAACAUAUGAUUGGUGAAAGCAGUGUAGUAGGUGGAUGUAGUGGAAGGAUGGAUGGAUAUAUAUUGUAGAUGGAUGGAUGUAGUAGGUAGAUGUAGUGGAUGGAUGGAUGGAUAUAUAUUAUAGAUGGAUGGAUGUAGUAGGUGGAUGGAUGUGGUAGAUUGAUGGAUGUGGUUGAUGUAGUGGAUGGAUGGACGUAUUAGAGAUAUAGUAGGUGGAUGUAGUGGAUGGAUGGAUGUAGUAGGUAGAUGUAGUGGAUGGAUAGAUGUAGUAGAGAUAUAGUAGGUGGAUGUAGUGGAUGGAUGGAUGGAUAUAUAUUAUAGAUGGAUGGAUGUAGUAGGUAGAUGGAUGUGGUAGAUGUAGUGGAUGGAUUGAUGUAGUGGAUGGAUGGACGUAUUAGUGAUGUAGUAGAUGGAUGUAGUGGCAGGAUGGACGUAUUAGUGAUAUAGUAGAUGGAUGUAGUGGAUGGAUGGAUGGAUAUAUAUUAUAGAUGGAUGGAUGUAGUAGAGAUAUAGUAGGUGGAUGUAGUGGAUGGAUGGAUGGAUAUAUAUUAUAGAUGGAUGGAUGUAGUAGAGAUAUAGUAGAUGGAUGUAGUGGAUGGAUGGAUGGAUAUAUAUUGUAGAUGGAUGGAUGUAGUAGGUAGAUGGAUGUGGUAGAUUGAUGGAUGUGGUUGAUGUAGUGGAUGGAUGUAGUAGUGAUGUAGUAGAUGGAUGGAUGUAGUAGAUGGAUGGAUGUGGUUGAUGUAGUGGAUGGAUGGACGUAUUAGUGAUGUAGUAGAUGGAUUGAUGUAGUAGUAGAUGGAUGUAGUGGAUGGAUGGACGUAUUAGUGAUGUAGUAGAUGGAUUGAUGUAGUAGUAGAUGGAUGUAGUGGAUUUAUGGCUGUAGUAGCGAUAUAGUAGAUGGAUGGAUGUAGUAGAUGGCUGGAUAUAGUGGAUGGAUGUAUUGGAUUGAUGGAUAUAGUGGAUUGAUGGAUGUACCGUAGUAGAGAGAUGUAGUUGAUGGAUGGAUGUAGUAGGUAGAUGUAGUGGAUUGAUGGAUGUACCGUAGUAGAGAUAUGUAGUUGAUGGAUGGAUGUAGUUGAUGGAUGGAUGUAGUAGGUAGAUGUCUACUUGGUGUUUGGUUUGACCAUCCCCUGUUUUUCACAGCAGUGCAGAACAGGAGACGGAAAGAGAAGCUCCUUGCAAUAUAGCCGCUUUCUAUAGUGCUUACUAUUAUUAUUUUAAUGGUAGAGCCAUCUGGUGACAUUUCAUUUGAAACCGUAGAUUUUUCCCUGUUACAGUUUGCAAUAUAGAGCAAUGUACUGCUCACUAGAAAAUAUCAGAUUAUACUGACUGGAGUAUGUGCAUUUAAAAACAAAAAAAUCCUACUGGGAAAAAUAUUUUUCAACAGCCAACUGGAAAACUUAGUCAUCUUUCUGGGGCUCCAUCUUUCCAACUUCAAGUUCAUUGACUUAAUGAUUUGACCUCGUUUUUUUCCCCAAGUCCCCAGUUAUCUUGAAAGCAACAUGACCACCACAUGCAGGUACCAUCAGUUUAGGAAAAUAAAAAGCUAAUUAUUUCAAUUUAUGCUCAGCUGUGCGUCGCAAGUGCUACACCAACUGAUCUAUUUUGUCAAAUCAAAGCUUGAGAUUUGAAAUGUAAUAUUGUCUGAGAGGAACAAUAUUGGCAGUCUAGGGCAGUAGCCAAUAUCUUCUGAUAAUGUAUUAGGCCUCCUGAAAAAAAUCUAAUUCCUGACAGAACUGUUUUUAUCAUUUUAAUGUAAAAAUCUCCAAAUCAUGUUUAAAAUUUAAAAAAAUCUGAAAAGUUGAUCUCGGCAUGCAAUAUGUUUUCUGGUUGUGGGAGUCUCACCUGGCCCAAUGGUCAAACAGAAACAGUUUACACUAUUUCGUGUUUUGACCAAUCAGACCAGGUCUGAAAAGAUCUGAUGAGAAAAUAUCUGAUGUAAUUGGUCGAAAUACCAAUUAGUGGGAAAAAAUAUGAAUUACUGAGGAUAAUAGGCCACUCCUAUUUGCCAUAUCUGUAUACCAUCUAUUACAUCUUGCAUCUAUGCCGCUCAGUCAUGGCUCAUCCAUAUGUGUACAUAUUCUUAUUCCAUCCCUUUACUUAGAUUUGUGUGUACUAGGUAGUUGUUGGGGAAUUGUUAGAUUACUUGUUAGAUAUUACUGCACUGUCGGAACUAGAAGCACAAGCAUUUCGCUACACACAUGGCCAAUAACAUUUGAUUUGAUUUGUCUAAUUUCAGCCACAGCCUUGGAAGUGAACAGACAAGCAUUCACUCAAUUGCGUUGCUUUUCAUAAAGAAAUAUAAUUUUAAAAAUAUGCGACUGAUAUUGAUUUUCCAUAUCGCUGCCCAUCAGUGCUUUUAUCUCUGUCUAUUUAUCAAAUCAAGCUAAAACUGCACACCUCUGAGAACAACCCAUCUCGACCAGCUGACAGCUAAUUAUGCUAGCUAGCUAAUUCAGCAAAAACAACGGCAAGGAAAGGUGUGGGAGAGAGAUGUCCCCACGAGCUCAACAAUCCACAUAAAGAGACAUUCAUGCAAUGAUUGAACUUUGCUUUAUCUUGGCCAGGUCGCAGUUGUAAAUGAGAACUUGUUCUCAACUAGCCUACCUGGUUAAAUAAAGGUGAAAUAAAAAAUAUAUUUAAAAAAUUAAGUGUUCACACUGUGAGAAAUCUUACAACAUGUCACAAUCAAAUCAAAUUGUAUUUGUCACAUGCGCCGAAUACAACAUCUCCAAUUCUUACUUACAAGUCCUUUUUCAACAAUGUAGUUUUAAGAAAAAUACCCCCAAAAAACAAGAAAUAUAAGUAACAAAUCAUUAAGAACAGCAGUAAAUAACAAUAGUGAGGCUAUAUACAGGGGGUACCGGUACAGAGUCAAUGUGCGGGGGCACCGGUUAGUCAAGGUAAUUGAGGUAAUAUAUACAUGUAGGUAGAGUUAUUAAAGUGACUUAUGCAUAGAUAAUUACAGAGAGUAGCAGGGGGUAGAAGCCUCUUGAAGCUAGACUUGGCGCUCCGGUACCACUUGCCGUGCGGUAGCAAAGACAACAGUCUAUGACAAUUUUUAGGGCCUUCCUUUGACACUGCCUGGUUGUAACUGACAGUUAGACUUACAGGUUACGUCGUUGUCUUUUGUUUGAAUUUUUUACGUGUCCGCUGUACGGGAGAAAUGAUAAUGCAAGCGGAACUACGUAGCUAAUACUGUUGUAACGGGGAUCCUUAUUGCAGCAACACACUUUUGGAGGGAAGGCAAUCCUGCGUUAGCUAAGUUUUCAUGUCAUCGGGUGUAGUUCAUAAAGGUUGAAGAGUGUAUGUUAGGAUGAAGUGUGAAUUCAUGCCAGGAAUAAUAAGUGUGAAGUUUGAUUUCCUCCCUUCUGUAAUAAGCAGCCAAUGAGGUAUUUUUUCCUUUAUUAAUGUGUUUAAUCUGAACCUGUUAUAACACCGGUUAAACUGUUUAUGUAUGUAAGCACUUCAAAGUUAUACCAAGCUAAUAAGUCACUCGUAAGAUAAGGAGGUUGUAAGAGUGUGCUUAACUGUUUUUUUUCAUUUACCUUAUAGUUCUCACGGAAGGUGAUAAUUCUGACUAAAACUACAGAAUAAAACCGCCAGUUAAAAUCAAGGAACGGUUGUGCUCGUGGUUACAGAAGGGAGCUACACUGGUAUAGAGGUCCUUGAAGGCAGUUCGCACUACACUCUGUAGUGCCUUGCGGUCGGAGGCCAAGCAGUUGCCAUAUCAGGCAGUGAUGCAACCAUACUCUCGAUGGUGCAACCAUAUUCUCGAUGGUGCAGCUGUAAAACCUUUUGAGGAUCUGAGGACGCAUGCCCAAUCUUUUUAGUCUCCUUAGGGGGAAUAGGUUUUGUCGUGCCCUCUUCACGGCUGUCUUGGUGUGCUUGGACCAUGUUAGUUUGCUGGUGAUGUGGACACCAAGGAACUUGAAGCUCUCAACCUGCUCCACUACAGCCCCAUCCAUGAGAAUGGGGGCCUGCUCGGUCCUCCUUUUCCUGUAGUCUACAAUCAUCUCCUUAGUCUUGAUCACGUUGAGGGAAAGGUUGUCCUGGCACCACACUGCCAGGUUUCUGACCUCCUCCCUUUAUGCUGUCUCGUCACUGUUGGUGAUCAGGCCUACCACUGUUGUGUCAUCAGCAAACCUAAUGAUGGUGUUGGAGUCGUGCCUGGCCGUGCAGUUAUGAGUGAAUAGGGAGCACAGGAGGGGACUGAGCACGCACCCCUGGGGGGCUCCAGUGUUGAUCAGCGUGGCAGAUGUGUUGCUUCCUACUUCCAGGAGGGGACUGAGCACGCAAUCUGAACGACUGGGAACAUUUUCACGUUAGGAAUAUUUUUUACACAUUAGUUAGGAUGUUUUAAUUUUCGAUAGGGUGUUUCCAAAUAUAUAUUUUGUGAUUUUUCUUUAGUAUUGAUAUCAUUUCUAAUUCCAUGUAUUAGCUACAUUUGUAUAAUGUCAAGUAAAAUGUAACGUGUCAGUUAAGAAUGUGUUUCUCGUAAAUUUAAAAAAUAUUUAUUACAUUUUUGACAAUGGUUUUAUUUUUCAGUAAUGUUGUGGUAGUGCUACUGUUUUUCCUGCAUUAUGUCAACAUAAUGUAGCAAAUGCUUCAGAAUUUUUACACUUAAUAAGUUGUCACAUUUUUUUAUUGUUGAUUAGUAAUUAUGUACACUGUGCCCGUAUGAUAUUGUAAAUGACAAAAAAAGGAAAUAAAAAACAAAUGGCGUCAUAAACAAA